CCCCCUCCCACAGCUGCUCUGCAGGCCCCAGCUGUGCCACCUCCACCAGCUCCUCUCCAGAUUGCUCCUGGAGUUCUACAUCCAGCUCCACCUCCAAUUGCUCCUCCCCUAGCACAACCCUCUCCUCCUGUCACGAGAGCUGCCCAAGUGUGCGAACCUGUACCUGUUCACCCAGUUCCUCCUCAAGCUGAAGUACAGGGACUUCCUCCACCACCCCCACCUCCUCCCUUGCCUCCUCCUGGCAUUCGACCCUCCUCUCCUGUCACAGUUGCAGCCCUUUCUCACCCUCCUCCUGUUCUGCACCCUCCUCCCACAACCAUUGUCCCUGGCCCUCAUGCCCCCCUCAUGCCUCCAUCUCCACCAUCCCAAGUGAUUCCUGCUCCUGAGCCCAAACGCCAUCCUUCAACUCUGCCUGUAAUCAGUGACGCUAGAAGCGUUCUGCUGGAAGCAAUACGGAAAGGAAUUCAGCUGCGCAAAGUUGAAGAGCAGCGUGAACAAGAAGCUAAGCAUGAGCGCAUCGAGAAUGAUGUUGCUACUAUACUUUCUCGUCGCAUCGCUGUGGAGUACAGCGAUUCAGAAGAUGAUUCAGAAUUUGAUGAAGUGGAUUGGUUAGAGUGAAAUUAUUACAUUGCUGUACACUGCAAAAUCGAAUGCUAACGUCCAUUGUGGUGCUUGUUCUUUGAAAGUUUGAUGGUCAUUUCUAGUGUUUUUUGUAUUCUUUUCUUUACAUAAUUAAUCCACGUUUUUCUACUUUUCAGUUUACAAAAAGCUCCUAGUGCAUCUUUGAAACUAAAUGUUUUACAGUGGCUUUUCUUACACAUCUUUUUUGAAAGAACAUACUUUGUUCUGAUAGACCACUAAGUAUUAAGCAUGGGCAGCUGUUGGUAGAGUAGCAGUUUCAAUUUUUUGGCAUAUCUUAACUGUGCACUUUGUGAGUUUUAAGUUAAUGAAGGCAACUGAGAUUGACAUUCCAAGGGCAGCUGUAUGUACUAAUGAGCCUUACUCCACUUCUGAUAGUGUUUUAAAACAUUAAACCUAGCUAUCAAGAUAUCACUGCCUUGAUUACAUCUGUACACUGAAAGUACAUAUAGUUAGCAGCACUGAACACUGAAAGGAAAAUGGAUCUUUGGGGGUUUUUAUUAUUGUUUUAUUGUUGUUUUAAAAUAAUUAUGGCCUUAUUUGAAUGUUUAGAAAUUCCUCUUCCCUUCUUCCCUCCCAGUUAUAUAUUGUGUGGUACUAUUUUUGCCUGCAUAAUAGAAGUUUAAUUUUUUUUUUCUUGUGAAAUCUUUUGACUUAAACAUGCUGUGUAACUUAUGUAACUGUUAAAAUAACAGUUUGAUUUAAUAAAUGAUUCAUUUUAAAUGUU